GCAUGUUGAAAACGCACAUGAUCCCCAGCUGUGACUUUUAUAAACAGCUGCAGUUGAACCGGUCGCGUCUUUGACCCGCACAUCUUGAUUCAUGGCCUUUUCUCGCCACAUAUUCAUCCUGGCGCUUGUCGCAGGAUGCCUCCUCCCUUCUGGUGUCCAGGCUCUCUGGCCUAUCCCAACUACUCUCGAGACCGGGAUGACCGCCCUCAAAAUCUCCCCCUCAUUCUCCUUUGACGUGCAGAUUGAAGACGCGCCGUCGGAUUUACUUGACGCGGUUGCGGAAUCACAGUACUAUCUCGAAAAUGAUAAACUUGGACGUCUCGUCGUAGGCCGCGGCGCGAAUGACACUACUGCGCUUGCUAGCGCGAUGACGCUUUCAAACUUGACGCUGUCUCUCACCAGUGGGGCUACUGUAGAUUCCAUUUCUUCUGAAGCUAUCAAGCCCCUUGGAACCCGUAGUGAGGAGUACGCACUGACGAUUCCAGCAGACGGCUCGGCUGCUACUUUGACCGCAAACUCGACGUUGGGUCUGUACAGAGGUCUCACUACUUUCAAUCAGCUUUUCUACUACUAUGGAGGAGUAAUUUACACUUUAAUUGCCCCGAUCGCUAUCACGGACACUCCUGCAUAUCCUUUCCGAGGAUUGACACUGGAUACCUCGAGGAACUACUAUCCGGUCAGUGAUCUUCUACGAACUUUGGAUGCGAUGAGCUGGGUCAAGAUCAACACUUUCCACUGGCAUAUCACGGACAGUCAGAGUUUUCCGCUUGAAGUUGUACAGUACCCCGAGAUUACUAUCAACGGUGCAUACUCUCCUCAAGAAGUUUACACAGCGAGUGAUGUCCAAUACAUCGUGCAGUAUGCUGCUGCAAGAGGUAUCGAUGUUUUGAUGGAAAUCGAUACACCCGGCCACACCGCUAUCAUUGGGGCUACUUACCCCGAUUAUGUUGCGUGCUUCGACGCUGCUCCGUGGGCAGACUUUGCCAACGAGCCCCCUGCCGGCCAGCUUCGUUUUGCACUCCCAGAGGUCAUGAACUUCACUGCUUCCUUGCUCAGCGAUGUCGCAAAGACCCUGCCUUCGUCCUACUUCAGCACCGGCGGUGAUGAACUUAACACGAACUGUUAUACCGACGACUACCCCACGCAGCAGCAGCUCAACAGCACCGGAACGACGCUGAACGAUGCUCUUGACACGUUCACACAGUCCACUCACGGUGCGCUGAUUGCCCAGGGAAAGACACCUGUCGUAUGGGAAGAAAUGGUCCUCGACUGGAAUAUUACGCUUUCAAACGAGACUAUUGUGAUGAUUUGGAUUUCUUCUGCAGAUGCUGCAGCGGUGGUAGAAAAGGGUUUCAGGAUCAUCCAAGCACCAUCAAAUUACUUCUACCUGGAUUGUGGUGCUGGUGAAUGGUUGGGAGACGACCCAACUGGAAAUAGCUGGUGCGACCCCUUCAAGACCUGGUCCGAGUCAUAUACCUUUGAUCCGUUGGCAAACUUGACCGAGGCGCAGUACGGACUUGUUCUCGGAGGCGAGCAAUGUCUAUGGAGUGAGCAGUCUGGUCCCCAAAACGUCGACCCGAUUGUGUGGCCACGUGCUGCAUCAUCAGCAGAAAUUUUCUGGAGUGCUAAGCAGCCCACUGGCGCUGCACUCAACGUCACCGAGGCACUUCCUCGUUUGCAUGAUGUCAGGUACAGGAUGGUGCAGCGCGGCAUCAAUGCCAUCCCACUUCAGCCGCAGUGGUGUGCGCUCCGACCAGACGCAUGUGAUCUGUAUGCUUGAUUUAGAACUUGAUGGGAACUCUACUCGAUUUUGGAUCUUUUCACGAUUGGUUUUGGCGUCAAUCAUUUUGCUCCGUCGCUCAGCUCUCAUUCACCAACAACCUGACUUAUGUAGCGAAAUGGAAGUUGACGAGAUGUUCGAAGUGAUGCACUGAACAAC